AUGGGUUGUGGUGAAUCAAAGCACGGGGAUGUAUCGCCAGGCGAGCAGGUUGAACAGGAGCUGGAAGAGAGCAGGAGAAACAGCCACUACCACAGCAAGGUGUUGCUCCUGGGAGCCGGAGAGUCGGGCAAGAGCACGUUCGGCAAGCAGCUCAAGAUGCUCGCCAAAGGACAGCUCUCGGUUUCAGAGAUGGCCCUCUACCGGAGAGCUAUCCGAGAAAACCUGGUGGAAAGCAUGAAGACCCUUUUAGACGCCGCAGAAUCGAUGGGAAUCCCGUUGGCGAAUGCUGAGCUGGAAGAGGAGGCGGAGCGGGUGCGGAGUACAGAACUGGCAACAGCGGACAUGCCGUCGACCUUGGGGUACGACAUCCUCAAGCUGUGGCAGGACCAGGGGGUGCAAGAGACGUGGGCCAGAAAGGACAAGUUCUGGAUACUCGACAGCACCCCGUACUACAUGAGAGAGGCGGUGCGAUUGGCGCAGGACAGUGUUGACAUCACGGAGGAGGACGUGGUGAUGACCAGGGUGAUGACGUCCGGCGUUGGCAGUAUCGAGAUCCUCGAUCCGCCCAUCAAGUUCACGGUCGUGGACGUCGGCGGGCAGCGGAACGAGCGGAAGAAGUGGCUGCACUGCUUCGACGACGUCAAGGCUGUCGUGUUUAUCGUCAGCCUUGCCGGCUACAACCAGGUGAUGUUUGAAGAUGCCACGCGGAACCGACUCUUGGAGGCCAUGGAACUCUACGUGGAUGUCGUGUCCAAUCCCAUUUUCCGGGAUACGCCCAUCCAUGUGCUCCUCAACAAGACGGACCUGUUUGCGGAGAUGAUCCAAGAAGUGCCGCUAUCGGUUUGCUUCCCCGAGUAUGGAGGGCCUCCGGGUGAGGUCCUGCCGGCCAUCUCUUUCAUCGAAGGGAAGUGCAAGUCCAUAAUGGCGCAGUGCUGUCCGCACAAGAAGCUCACCGUCACCCCCAUCUGCGCGCGUGUUCGAGAAGACGUGCUGUUGGGCUGGAAAGAUGUCACGGACACGGUACGGGCCACGUACGAUGUGGACGUCAAACGAUGA